GAAAUCCUCCAUGACAUUAAGUUGCACAACUAGUUAUCUAGAUCUAGAGACACAAUCUAUAUGUUUAAUUUCCUCUAUAAAUAGUUCACCUUAUUUUCAUAUAACAUAAUAUAAUAUAACUCAUUAUUAACCCUAGCUAAUCUUUCAAUGGCAUUUAAAGUUAUGUUGUUGUUGUUCUUUGCUAUGUUUGUGUUGAUAGAGCAUAAUGCUAUGGCAGUCCAAAAUAUUAACCCAGUAUGUGCAGCAUUGUGUGUAGCAAAGUGCAACACAAAGCCUAUAUGCCUAACUUGGUGCCUUGCCAAGUGCUAUAUAACAAAAAUCACAUAUGAAGAAUCAGUUGAUACUGAGCCUACAAAUCAUGUUUGUAAUGUUGGAUGUUCUCUUGGUCAUUGCUUCAAGUUUCUUGUCAACUAUGAUCAUGACAAGUUUGGAAGUUGCAUGACAAGCUGCAAUGAGAAUUGUUGUAUUAAUGACAAUAUUAAUAUUGCUCUACCAAAAGCUUAAGAAAAGGCAUUAAGAAAUUAUGACCACAAAGUAUAUUUGUGUCAUCUAUGACACUAUGCUAAUUAAAUACAUUUGUGGUUGUAAUUUUCUUUAUGCAUUUGUAUUUUUUAUUAAAUAAAAUUGUGUGCUUUAAUAUUCCUAUAUAUAUUAAAGCAAUGGAGAAGAUUCUUGUUGCAUAUCAUUUUGUAAUUUGUCGUAUUGUAUUGUGUUGUUAUAGUUAUGGUUAUAAUUUUUAAAUAAAGUGUAUUAUUAUUUUUUAUUACGUAAUGUAAUAUAUCGGUCGAAAUUAUUGAUACGAUAUCAAAUUUUAUGAUGUUCUCUU